UUGCGGGACGAGGAAGGCUCUUUCAUUUCCUUGAAACGUCUUUGCCUUGACGCAUCAAAGCCACGUGAGAACAUCAUGGACAAACCAGUAGUUUUGGCUCGAGUUAUUAAAGUCCUAGGACGAACUGGCUCGCAGGGUCAGUGUACGCAAGUUAAAGUGGAAUUCCUGGGAGAACAAAACCGACAAAUUAUCAGAAAUGUAAAAGGACCGGUACGAGAAGGUGACCUCCUAACCUUACUGGAGUCGGAACGUGAAGCAAGAAGACUUCGAUAGAAGUAUUUACCGCCAACAUGUUAAAACCGUCAAGAGUAUCUUGAUCUUGGCAAUACAAUUCAUUCCAUCGACCGAAAUAAGGAUGACACCGCUAUUCCAGUACCAUAAGAAUAUACGAAGCAAAACUUUGUGUCCAUGAAGAUGUCUGUGACUUCUGUAAUAAACACUGGCUACUAUUCUCCGUA